CAAAUCUAAAUUCUAAAGUCCCGGCAUUGAACUCUCUCGGCAGCUCCCCAUUUCUUCUUUCUUCUUCUUCGCUUCUUUCACACUCUUAGAGUCUUCAAACACAAAAAUACACACUCUGAUUUCACACAGUUAAACCUUCUACAUACACGGAUUCCCAACUCUACUUUCUCCUACAUACAGAUAUAUAUAUGUUAUGUAUAUUCGGCGUCGUUUAGCUCAUCUCGAUCCAGCUUCGGUUUUCGCGAUUCCGCUCAGAACUCAGAAUUUCAAUUUCUUAAACCCUAAUUUGCCCUUUUUUCCUUCUAUUCAUGCUUGCCAUUGCCUAAUACAAUAAUUUUGAAAUUGGUUACCUCCAAAGUUUGCUGAUUGUUUGUUGGCUCUUUGGAGUAAUUUUGGGGGGAGAUGAAAUCGAAGAUAAAAUGGGCGGCAUUGGGAGGGCUAGUGUUAUCAUUUGUAUCUUUGUUAGUGCAUUUAUUUCUUGCAAAGUCGAGUGCGAACAUUGUUCAUUACGCUGGAAUUCCAUUCAUGACUAAAAGUUGGAGUCAAUUCAUUCCUGCUGAAGAUGUUAAGGUUCCGGUGAAUAAGAAGUUGUGGGGAAAGGUCAAGGCAUUGGAAGGAUUGCAUCCAUAUGCGAAACCAAGAAGUGCAUAUCCUGUUCCAAUCACACAGAACAAUGGCUUCAUUUAUGCAAAAAUCUUUGGGGGCUUUGAGAAGAUCAGGAAUUCAAUUUGUGACCUGGUCGCUGUUGCAAGACUUCUAAAUGCUACCCUUGUUAUCCCUGAGAUUCAACAAAGUAUUCGCUCAAAAGGAAUCAGUUCCAACUUCAAAAGCUUUUCAUAUAUCUACAAUGAGGAGCAGUUCAUUGCAGCUCUAGCAACUGAUGUAAUCAUUGUGAAGGAUCUUCCCCCAAAUCACAAGGAUGCCAGAAAGCAGAAGCAAUUUCCAACUUUCAGACCCCAACAUUCAGCUCCUCCAAGCUUUUACCUGACCAAUGUUUUACCCAAACUAAAGAAAGCUAAGGUCGUUGGGCUCAUAGUUACUGAUGGAGGAUGCCUACAGUCCAUUCUUCCUAAUAGCCUGGGUGAAUACCAGAGGCUGAGAUGUCGUGUUGCUUUUCAUGCUCUUCAGUUCCGCUCAGAAAUUGUUGCACUUGGGCGCCUGAUGGUACAAAGGUUACGCUAUCCAGGUCAUCCUUACCGAUGUUGGGUGUUGACAUCAGCCCCUCAAGGCCUUAACAAUCCUCACAUGGACAGUCCAUAUCAUUCUAAACCUCAUGCAGGCUUUCCAACCCAGUUCAUAUCAUCCUAA